AUGCUCCCUGAGUACGAUGUCGAUAACUCAGACGUCUCUAUCGACUCUGGCUUUACACUGAGGCGUCUAGCUUUAGACGAUGCCUCGUCGUCGUCGUCCCGCUUCCUUGCACUGAAUUACGUCUCUGAGGUCUCGACACCUACGGUCGAGGGCCGCGUAACCUUUACUUCUCUCUUAGUACCGGGUAAAGUUGAGGAGCGGGCUAUGUGGAGAGAGAGCCUCAGCUGUUUUCAGACCCCAGACCCGCUCUGGAGUAAUUCAUCUGAGCUGUGGUUCUGGGUACUGAUGGAAGACGACUCAAUGCAAGAGAAAUUUGGGAAGCUGGAGCAGAGUCAGCAGACACAGGGGGAGAGCCAGGCUCGGACAAUCUUCUGCCACUUUACCGUCUGGAGAUAUACUAAUGCCGACCCGGAGGAAGAAGGGGCAAUUGCGGCAGACCCGCAGGCGUGGAAGGAAGAGCUAGAUGGGGUGAUGCCUCCGGUUACAGCAUGGCAUCAGGAGCGUUGGGACUUUCGUCCAGUGCCGGAAUUAAGGUAA